UGUUGUGGAGAUUCUCCAUAUAGAUCACCCCAGAGGAUGGAGAUGACACCCCUCAUCCUGAUCAUUCUGGGGGUGUCAGGAGGGUAUUGUGACAGUCACUCUCUGCGGUAUUAUGAAACUGGAGUCUCCUCUCCGGGAUCCGGACUCCCUGUGUACUCUGCAGUCGGAUAUGUGGAUGAUAAGGAGAUAACAAAUUAUAACAGUGACACCCGACAGAAUCUUCCCAAGACUGAGUGGAUGAAGAAACUGGGACCUGAUUUCUGGGAGAGGAACACACAAAGAGGUCGGAGCAAUGAGGCUUCUUCCAAGCACGAUGUACAGACAUUGAUGAGACGAUUCAACCAGACUGGAGGGAUCCAUAUUGUACAGGUGAUGUACGGCUGUGAGCUGAGAGAUGACGGCACCACUGAGGGGUAUGAGCAUCAUAGAUAUGAUGGGAGAGAAUUCAUGUAUCUGGACACACAGAAUGGGAUCUAUAUCCCGACCAUGAAUGAGGCUCAGAUCACCACCCAGAGAUGGAACAGUCCGGAGAUGAGAGAGGGGGAGAGACAGAAGAAUUAUCUGGAGAAUAUCUGUAUAGAAUGGCUGAAGAAACACAUCAACAAUGGGAGAGAAGAUCUGGAGAAGAGAGUGCCCCCAGAGGUGAAGGUGUGGGGUCAUCGUCAGUCGGAUGAUGUGACCAGACUUCAGUGUCUGGUGUACGGGUUUCACCCCCGACCUGUGGAAGUGAAGUGGAUGAGGAAUGGGACAGACCAUAUUCCUUCAUAUGAAAUGACUCCAAUUCUCCCCCAUCCUGAUGGAACCUAUCAGAUCAGAGUCAGUGUGGAAGUGCCAACAAGGGAGGAAGACUCUUACUCCUGUCAUGUGGAUCACAGCAGUCUGGAGGAUGUUCUCAGGGUGAAAUGGGAUCCACCAGGCAACGGCCUCUCACUCGCUGUGAUCAUUGGUGUUGUUAUUGGAAUCCUUGUUCUUCUUGCUGUUAUUAUCGCAGUUGUUAUUUGGAGAAGUAUAAGGAUUAGAGAAGAACGAGGCAGGCUAUAAAAGCACCAACACUUCUGACAACUCCAAGGAAGUAAAGGCCUGAAUGUCCGCAAAGGAGAAGAAUGCAGAGGCUUCCUUUAUUUGUAUAUCAUGUUGCUGCACUUUUUAGAAAUACACACUUUGUGAUUAAAGGGGAGUUCCACCCACAA